AUGUGGCUGUCUAUUAAAGUGCCGAGCUCGCCUAGCCUCAAUGUCCUGACAAUUUAUCGACCGCCAAGACGGGACAACAUGACCGAGGUUCGCCUGCUGAAGGAGCUCGAAAAGUUCGCUACGCGGCCGGAUAUCCUGAUCAUGGGAGACUUUAACGCGCCUCAUAUUGACUGGAGCUUGACCCAUGCAAAUAGCUCAGAACAGACUUUCGAUAGGAGUUUUCUGAACACGGCACUGAAGUUAUUUCUCACUCAACACGUCGUGUUACGAACUAGAGUACGCGAAGGCCAACAGGCCAACUGCCUUGAUCUUGUCCUUACAAAGUCACAGGACAGCAUUGAUGAGGUGUCAUGCCUACCCCCCUUAGGUAUAAGUGACCACUCGUUCUUCUAUGGAAUUACUGGCUUUUUUCCAUGCCCGAGAAACCCGUGACAGUUAGUAGAAACCUUUGGCGCGGGGAUUUCGACCAAAUGAGGGCUGAAAUUUCAGGCAUUGAGUGGAAGUCCGUAUAUGUUGGAAGCAUACUCGAAGAUUGGCAAUGGUUCCGAUAAAUUCUGCACGAGUUGAUCGUAAACCACUGUGCGCUUUCACGGAAGAGGUUAAUUAACAGACCUCGAUGGUUUACGCAAGCCUUGAAGAAUAAAGUGAAUAAAAACGAAGGCUGUGGAAAAAUUCGCUUUCUGACAGGAGCCCCACAUCUUUAUGCGCGUACACAAUUCAAAGAAAUCGAGUCAAAGGCCUUAUCCUCAAAAAUAGAAGGGAAUUCGAACGGGAUCUGCUUAACCGUGCCGCGGAGAACUCUAAAUUAUUCUACGGUUACAUAAGGCAGUGCCCGCGGAACAAGGAUCCAAUACCACCGCUAAAGACUGCUGAAGGUGAACAUCUCACUGAAGACAGAGCGAAAGCUGAUCACCUUUCAGAAUUUUUUCGGUCUGUUUUUAGUAGCGAAACAGGAUUCAACCCUUCGACCCUUUAACCCUUCGAAGGCACCACAAUUAUGGAGACCGUUCAGUUCACUGAGGGUAUGUUUCUGACGGAGUUGCUGAGGCUAAAGGAAUCCAAAUCACCAGGUCCCGAUGAGAUCCCGGCGAAGAUUUUGAAGGAACUCGCCGGUGAGUUGGCUGAGCCACUCUCCAUGCUUUUCCAUACAUCCUUCGAGACCGGAUAUCUGCCACCCGACUGGAAGUCGGCGUGGAUUACGCCGCUAUCCAAGGGCAGUCGGGUCUCUGCGAACAAUUACAGACCUGUCAGCCAAACCUCCAUUUGCUGUAGGAUUAUGGAGAAGAUAAUAAAGCAACAAUUAAUGCAGUCCAUUGAACAAAACCAUCUACUUUCUGAUUCCCAGCAUGGAUUCCGCAAAAGCAGAUCCUGUGUGACAAACUUGCUCUACUGUCUGGAACACUGGACUAAGGCUGUUGAUAGAGGAGAUAUGGUGCAUGCCAUCUAUAUCGACUUUAAAAAGGCCUUCGACAGUGUGCCUCACCACCGUCUUCUAUAA